GACGCGUGACCGGCGAACCGUUCGAAAAUGUACAGUACUUUGGGAGCAAGUACUCGAGCUUACCCUGUCGAUCGAUCGUCUGCGGCGAUCGGACCGAACGGAAGAACAGGCAUUUCUGCAUAUCAUGAUGCUCAUGGCCGUCAUGCCCUUACAGUAAGUUUAUGGCCUAUCAUCCAGGGAUGCUGCAGGGAUGUUUCUGACACAGCUGUUCUUUUUUUUUUGUUUUGGUAUAGUUCAAACAAUUACAGGAACUGCCGACAGCGUCAUUCAACUCCGUGUUCGUAUGACACUCAAUUGUACCUCAUCCCGCCAUCUUCUGUUGACGAAUGUAAGGGUCCUUUUCAGUCCUCCGUCUCGCUGACGGCUAUUAUUCCGGCGUUGUAGAUUAUACAUACUGGCGCCUUUCUCUGAAGGGCUCUGCAUUCCUGAGACCUUCUCCUGCCGGUUCACGCUCGCCCAAUCGACCCCAGUAAUCCACACUUUACCUGUAUUCCCUAAACUCACCGAGUAUGUGGUUCUUCCGUGGACGUGAUUAUCACACUUACAACAGUACCCGCUAUGAAUCUCGCAAUCUAGGUUCAGCUUCGCAUGGUACUUGGACUUGCAUUACCCCAGAAAAUCUGGACCGCGGCCACUUGCCUGGAAUCGUUCACAAGUCCAUGCCAUUGAAAGACAUAUUCAAUAGGAAGAAUAAGAGGCUGGUGACGCGCGUCGUCGAUGAUUCGUGGGAUUGGAUAGAUUUCCAGGCAAUCAAACCCAUGCUGGUACCAUCUAACCUUUCUCUGGGAGAAACCCAUACGCUCCGUCUGAGUAGGGAAAACCCCACUACAGGCAUAGACGACAUUGAGCAGAGCACGCUUAAGCUCGUUCUUGAUCUUGUUGAACAGGUUGCCAGGUAUCACUCAUCGAAAUGGUUGGAAAAGAAUCCCAACGAAGAACCACGAGUAUUUCAUAUUACUUGGGGAGAUCCUUCAGACUUUGCCACAUUAGACCAGGACGAACACAUUGCACUGCCAGUGAACUCUAUAAUUGAUAAUGUAGCCCACGCGGCGUCUGUUCUACGACUUAUGAGGGCGCCGGGGCCGUAUGAAGGAGGCGUCGACUACAUGUUCGAGAAAUUCGUGAAAGUCGCCGUAUCCCUACUCUUUGACACCAAUAUUGUUUUCUUGAAGGGAACUGAUUGCCUGCCCGAAGGACGCUUGACGGAGGAUCGCUCUUAUCCUCUGAUAGUUGCGGGCGGGUGUUUUGCUUUCAAUGACGACGUACGUAAAGAGAUGAUAGAAAUUCUCCACCCAACCUUGGUGCACUUAGUCCAGUUCCAUCGACGCAACAAGACGGCGGACUCAGAAUUACCUGAACACUGUGUGCUCUACGCUCUCCAUUGGUCGCGCACACGUAUUCAGAUAUUCGCACACUUCCCUGUUGAAACUGCUCCCGGCGAUGACCCCGCGAAGUGGAAGUUUUGUCAAGCACUUGUUGCCCAACAUUGGGUUUCUCUUGAGGAAAAGGAAAUUGAUGCUUACAGGAAUGAAUUGAUUUCUCCGGACGACACGUUCUUAUGUCGGUGGCGACUGACUUUGGCACUGUCUGCUAUCCGAGCCCGCAUCCGAGAGCUCGAGCAACUGCUUCAGCAAUCCGGUGGAUUGCCAGUGAAGACGCCCGCGAACCUGCAUGUGCAUUCUCCGAAGCCUCCACGUGGUGCCCAUACGUGUGUGCCGCAGACUUCUCGCGUGCCUCAGUUCAUUCUGAUGAUGCGCGAGUUCUGGAGGGCGCAGCGACUGGCCGUACCAGAGGAGUGGAUUCCUAUCGAGGACGAAAUUGUGGCAAUCAACCCGACCCAAAAGAAAGGGAGUUAUAUCAUAGUCAACCGCGCAGUGUUGAUGCUUUCUAAGAUAAUGUUGCAUCCUCUACGUCAUUUGCUGGAUGCUCUAUCCGACGAGGAGCUCUCCAGCCGUCAUUCCGACCCUACCUUCCUAGGUCCAGACUUCUUUCACCCAAUCUAUGUACCAAGGUCCUUUUUCAAGUGGAAAAUAUUGGAUCUGGACCCGGAUACGUUAGACAAUGAUUCUAGGCCGCACUUAAACAGAUUCUACGAUCUGCUCAGUAUGCACGCAACAUCUUGGGAAGAGGCGAAUCUGUUCGUUGCGAGCGUUUUCUCCAGCUUUUCUAACUAUUCGAUCCGUUGGAAACCUAAGACAAGAUAUUCCUCAGUAUUAUCAUUGCAAUCGACAGAUGCCACCUUGAGUCUCGCCACUGAUUUUGCUCUUGUGGUGCAAAACAAUCCGCCGGUUACAUGGCCGACUGUCAAACGUGCUGCUCAAUCACCCUUGACAAUCUCUAGUCCGGCCGUUGUACUCGGUCUACGAACGACCAACUUUGACCUAGAUGGCUCAGGUAUAUCGAAAGAAGAGCUGGACGAUCUGAAGGUUGUGAUGGGUCCGCAUCUGCGAAUGGUUGACUUCGCUUUAACUCAGGACGAUGCUCGUGCUAGCGAACCGGAGGCAUGGCCAGCUUGGGCAACAUUAUUUUGCAUCUACCUCAAGGCAGGAUUCGUGCAUAUUUUGGCGUUCUCCCUCGCUUCGCAUGAACGAGUCGAGUUUUGCGUUGUGGACAGUCUACCUAUCAUCCCGGUAGCAAAGAGUAUUGCUGACCUGGAGAAUCGCGCCCGUCUUGCCGUCGCAUUGUUUACGCUCGAGAAGCAUGUGGUGCGCUUCUCAGAGCGAUGGGGGAAGUUUGUUUGGUCUCGUCACCUCCUCAAGGAAGAACAUGACGCCAUAAUUGAGGUGACUGGUGUCUUCUCCGGGCCACCUUCGAAACGUAAUUCGGUGCACGGGGAUGGUGGAAAUGAUGGAAAUGUGAAUGACGAAGUCAAAGCUGAUGAUAACAUAUUAGAGAAGGUGAACGAACAACUUGAGAAUUGGGCUGCUGAUACUGGUCACGAGGCGUGAAGCCGAAUGAAAUUCACUACUAGUAAGACCUGACUGACGAAUCAACUUGAUUUUGUACAACAUGUAUGCCUAAAUGAUUUUCAAUAAACGGCCCUGCUCUUCAGGCGAAACGUUAAGGGUAUAUACAUCAGUGAAUCCGGGGGAUUGUUGGUAGUAAGGUAGCAUGUGUCUAUCAACCUUGUGAACACGCGCUCGCCGGGAACGAUUUCUGCUCUGGCUGGACGAAGCACCACUAUGUAGUAGCUUGUUGUUGACCGUUGAGGACCAGCAAUAUUAGAUGCAUAAAAUCAUCGCAGUCGUAUCGGUCUAAUGAAUAAUGGCUGUCAUC